CAUUGGGGGAGGUUGAGAUGACGGCAGGGUAGGAGAGUUGAUGAGAAGAGGGAGGAAGGGAAGUAGGAGGCGACUGAACAGGCCGUACAGACAGAAAGGCGCAUCGAGGAAGACACCUAUGUCAAGCUGCAAUAGUCAAGGUUCCUUACAGUUAACUGACAGAGUGGAAAACACAGAGUGUUAAAUAGGGAGAGUGGUAUGACAGGGAUUUGAGCAACAGAGGUAUGGUAUACUGUAGAUCAGAUGGAUCCAAAAUGACGCAUCUCAGUGUAGCUGACGACUGAGCUGGUCUGGGGAUUGGAUUGGGAUCAACUCGGCCUGAACUCGACCUCCGGUUUAGAACCAGUCUCAUUGACCACCUGGCAGAUCAUCAGCGACCUACGACCUAACGCUCUGUUGGGAAUCUACACAAAUCGUGCCGACAGCGAUGGAGGUGUCUAUGCAGCUGUAUGUGUUGCUGCUGAGUGGAGCGGUCCUCCUGUCACUCAUCCUGUUGACUGGCCUGUGUCUUCGCUGCAGAAGACACAACCUGCCUACGUCCAUUCAGCAGCGUUACAGUGAGGAUUACACUCAGCACACCCCAGGAUUCGGCUUGGCCCACCCACCAUACAACCCCUCUUCAUCCACAAGCUGGGGUGCUCCCCCUUCCAGCCUCCUUUCACCCAUUUCACCACAGAUCGUUCUGAGACCGAACUCUGUCACCCCAACUGAAAAUGGUGAGAUGUCUCGCUCUUCCUCUACAUCAAAUGUGUAUUUUCUCCACUUGUUUUCCUUCUUUCGCCACUAUCUCUAUAACGUCACAGUUCAGUUCCUUCUUAAUGGUUAGCUUUUUCUUGCAGAGAGUAAUGACGGCUAUGAGAGUCCAGGAGAAGGUAAUGUGAGCGUUAUAUCCUACCAUGUUCAAUAACACUGAUCCCCUCAAACAUAUGUACACAGUAACUGCUGAAGAAGUUUAGACAAUGUGCACAUGGCUCCUUAGGUGAAACAAAAUAUGUUUUUAUUGUCACACACCAAUUAGGUGCAGUGAAAUGUAUUAUUUUACAUGGUCAACCAUAUGGCACCCCUGGAGCUAGGGUUAAAGUGCCUUGCUCAAGGGCACAACAACACAUUUUUCACCUCGUUGGCUUGGAUGUUUGAACCAGCAAUGCUCUAACCGCUAGGCUACUGUACCUGCCUACUUGUGACUUACUCACAUUCAUUCAGACAUUUGGACAUUAAACCAUUCAUGCAAUGCCUUUGGAAAGUAUUCGGACCCCUUGACUUUUUCCACAUUUUGUUAGU